AUUUGCUUGCUUGUGUGAGCACAUCAAUUCAUACAUACCGGUGCCUUGAGUCUCUCCCUCCAUUCCCUCCAUCUCUUGUACUCUUCUCAGCCAAUCGAGCAAUAAGCCCCUCCCUCCCCCUCCCUUCCUCGAGUAGACAGGUGAUAAAAUCUGUCGGUCAGCGAAUUGAUUCAGUUGCGAUCCGUCAAAGACUCUUGCAACCAUGUGGUAUCAUGUCUCUGAGCCAAAUAGCUACCUGGCUAUAACAGGUGUGAAUAUCGACACUGUCCGUAUCGCGAAGAAGGCAUUCGUGAAGCCGCUGCAGAAAGUUACAAAGUUCUCCAUCACGCCUUUCGACUUUUCCCUGCAAUUGCAGGCUAUGACAAUUGAGAAGUUGCAGUUCGCACUUCCAGCAGUAUUCACCAUCGGCCCCGAAGACACUCCCGAUGCUUUACAGAAAUACGCUUCCCUACUCACCGGUCAAAAAGCGGGCGAUACCAAUACUCAAUCUAACAGCAGCGGGCGCGGCCACGUCCAAGAUAUCGUUAAGGGCAUUAUCGAGGGUGAGACUAGAGUGAUUGUUUCGGGGAUGAGUAUGGACGAGAUCUUCAAGGAACGCAAGAUGUUCAAGGAGAAGGUCAUCGCGAACGUUCAGGGGGAAUUGUCUCAGUUUGGGCUUAAGAUUUACAAUGCCAACGUCAAGGAGCUGCAUGACACCCCCGGCAGCGAGUACUUUGCCUUCCUUUCUCGUAAAGCGCAUGAAGGUGCGCUCAACCAGGCCAAGAUUGAUGUCGCGGAGGCCCGCAUGCGCGGAGAGAUUGGAGAGAAGGAGAAGCAAGGUCUCACGGCUCAACAUAUCUCCAAGAUCGAGGCGGACACCGCUAUCAAGGAGACAGAGCGGAAGAAGGACAAGGCUACUGCGGAGGCUUCCUUCUCCGUCCGUCAGCAGGAGCUGAAUAUGGAGGUUCAGCAGGCGACAAUUAAAGCUAAGCGUGCUGCGGAGGCGAGAGAUGCCGAGCUUAGCAAGGAUGUUGAGAAGAAGAGGGCGGAGAUGGAACUGGAAAGGUUGAGGGCCAUGGACGUCGUCAAGAGUGUUAUCGCUAGGGAAACACAAGAGCAGAAGGCUGAUGCGGCGGCGUAUACUACCAAGAAGUCUGCUGAAGCUGAGUACCUCGCUCGCGUCAGGAAGGCUGAAGCAGACCUUAUCGCAGCCGAAAAAGCUGCCCAGGCCACAUUCAUCACGCGCAAGCGGGAAGCCGAGGGAAUGCUCGAGAUGGCGAAAGCCUACCAAGCACUGUCCCAAGUAAUGGGCGGCCCAGAAGGCCUGAUGCAGUUCUUGAUGAUUGAGCGCGGCGUGUACGGCGAUUUGGCGAACGCGAACGCCAAGGCAAUCCAGGGUCUCCAACCUAAGAUUUCUGUAUGGAAUACUGGCUCCGCCGGUGGAGAGGGCGCUAUGGCCGAUCCAACCGCGCCCUUAAGGAACAUUUUCCAGGCAUUGCCCCCGCUCUUCUCAACUAUAAAUGAACAGACGGGUAUUUCGCCACCGGCCUGGAUGGCGCAGAUGCCCGCCAACGCCCCUUCUAACUCUGCUAUCGCGUCUAGGGCUGGGAAUGGGCAGGUGGUUGUUCCCAAGAAAAACUAA